AUACGUACACAUUUGCUACAGCAGUUUCUUAAGUGUAACACAAAUUUAUUCGUGCAACAUAAUUUCACGGAAAUUUCACUACAAUAAUUUUAGCUGUUAUUUACCAUGGGUCAGUUUGAGGAAAUCACUGCUGAGCAUGAAAACUCGUUUGAAGUUGUCUUAAAGAAAAAGUUACCUUUAACUGGACAGCUACUAAACGUUUGGCGAUUAAAGCGACAACGGAAGUUUACUGUGGCAAAUUCCGUGCAAUUUUACAUUUAUUCGGAGGACAAAGUACCCUUAGAGGGAAGCCUUCAAGAUCUUUUCGUCCUUUGUGUGCAAGAACCAAACAUGCACGGUCUUUAUUCGGUAAUUAUUCACGCUCCUGUUUCACCAACGCAUGAGAUGAUUACAGCUUUUGAGGGUUUCGUUGACUGGGAUAGAAAUCCACUCUUCCCCGCCGCACCAGGACCAUUUACCGACAAGUUUUUAAGAUCAAUUUGCCUUAAAAGGGGUGGAAUGCCUCCAAAAGAGCAUCCAUGCGAAGCUUAUGCUCUCGAAGUGGAUAAGGCGAUGAGUGGACAAUGCGAAUACGAUUAUAAAGAAAACGGGGAUCACGUUCGGGUUGCAGGUUUAACUUUGAAAGAUGUCAAUCAGGUCAUGGCCACGGAGUUAACGAGAGUUUGGAUGCAUACCAAAAUGAAGCAACAAAUGGAACUAUCAAUCAGUAAUCUGGCCACUGCAGGUGUCUUCGUUAACGACGAUUUGGCCGCUUUCGCCAUGCUUUCACCAGCCGGUCUGAUGAACAAUGUUUGGACGGAGGAGCCCUUUCGGCGGAGAGGACUGGCUGUGAAAGUCCUGCAAACUUUGUCACAUUCCGUGGCAGCGAUGGGCUGCACGCCGAUGGCGGAAUGCACCGUGACGAACGACACGUCUAGACAGUUACUGAAAAAAUUGGGAUUCACCUUUGUUCAGGAGACGAACUGGGUCACAUUCAAGAAAGCCUAAGAUAAUGCAUAAAUGGAAUUGGUGUUUGAUUUGACUUCUUGCAAUGGCUAAAAAAUAAAGUUGGACAAAUCGAUGCAAAAAGUUGAGAUACAUAUUUACAUAUGUACGCAAUUAUUAUUACAGAUUGUAUUCAUAGUUAUUACAGUUCAUAUCCACGUGUACCUUGAUGAAUAAUAUGUAGAUCCCAUAAAUAAAUGUUUUUUGGUCUAACAAAUUUGAAUACAAAUAAAUAAAUAAAUAAAUAAAUAAGCAUUUGACUGUGUGACUCUUAUUAAUUAACCAAAAAUUAACCAAAAAUUCGGACAAUAAGCUAAUUGAAGUUGUAUGGAUAAAGAAUGAUAAGAUAAGUAUGUAAGUUAUGACGCAAAUGGCACCUAUUAUAUCCAGCCUAUGCCAGCUUUUCUACCUCAAUUUACUAAUUGAUUCUCCAGGCACCUCAUGUUAAAAUUUACUUGAACUUCUGUGACGGGAUAAAUUUUAAAUAAAUACUUCUACUUUUAAAAAAUGAUCACCAUUCUUCGAACCGAGUUUUAUUUUUUGGUUGGGUUCUUUCUCUACGCUCAUGUUAUUUAUUUAUAGGCCAACACAUUUUAGUCCCAGACGUCCCCUAUGGAACAGAUCACGAACAGAUCAUGGACAUUUACCUGCCUGCGUCAGAAAGUAGCGUGGUGUCCAAAGUGGUCGUGUUGGUACACGGUGGGGCUUGGUUUUCUGGAGAAAAAGCAGACAUGCUGGAAUUUAUUCCGUUCCUUAAAAGAGAUUUUCCUGACUACUGCAUCGCCAAUAUGAAUUACAGAUUAGGAACUCACGAAAGUCCCGGAUUUCCCAAACAGGUCGACGACUUUGACCUCGCCUUGACCUAUCUCCGUGGCACGUUCACGAACAACGUGACCUUUGCCUUGUUCGGGACCAGUGCGGGAGCCCAUCUUUCAAUGUUGUAUUCUUACUCAAGGAACGUUAAUGAGAAUAACGACGUUAAGAUUAUCGUUUCUCACGUCGGACCCCCCGACCUAACGGACCCAUCUUACGUGGGUAACCCUCUGUAUAACGGGUUAUUCUAUAAUCUCGUUGGUCCAUGUUUGUACGCGGAAUGUCCCGACCUUUAUAACGCCACGAGCCCGAUAAUCUACGUGGACGAGAGGUCCCCAAAAACUAUUGGAUUCUAUGGAGAUUUUGACCUUCAAGUCCCCUCAACGCAGAUGCCACUCUUAAGGAACAAACUGGACUUGUUCGGGGUCACCAAUAAGUUUAAGGUGUACCAAGGUGGGCAUGGGUGGAAUUGGUCGGACCAAGAUAAGGAAGAUUUAAGGGUGGAGAUUACUCAAUUUUUUAAUGAUCAUUGGUAAAAAUUGGUAAACUGGUAUAUUUACAGAGCAGAAUUUGACAAUAAUUAUAUUCGUUUGUAUUUAAAAAUUAACUUCGGUACUAUGUAUUACCGAUAACCACGUAGGUAAUUUUAAUAAAUUUAUUUUACUAGUUACAACUAGAAUUGAUUUUGAUUUCAUAUCCUUAAGUUGGGCGUUUUUAAAUUAUUUAUUGUUAGCAAAUAAAAUGGUUAUAUUAAGACUAAA